CAUCUAAAGAGUUAAAAGCUUAUGCGAAGGCGGAUGCAGUUGCAGAAGAAAUCCUGACAUCCAUACGAACAGUUGCUUCAUUUAAUGGACAAGAAAAAGCGAUGGAUAAGUACAAUGCCAAUUUAAUUGUUGCAAAAAAUGAUGGAAUAAAGAAGUCUAUUAUUUUAAACCUGUCAAUUGGAGUAUCAGAGAUUUCAAUAUUUGGAAUAUAUGCCUUAAUAUUUUGGUAUGCAGAAAAUUUGAUUACACAAGAGCCUGAAAAUUACAAUACUGGUAAUGUGAUAACUAUCAUGUUUUCAGUGCUUCUUGGUACAGUCACAAUGGGACGGGUGUUACCAAACAUAGAACGUAUUAGCAACGCAAGAGGAGCAGCCUUUGAGAUAUACAAAAUCAUAAACAAGAUUACUUUGGAUGGACAUGAAAUACGCUCCCUCAAUGUGAAGUGGCUAAGAGAUAAUAUUGGUCUGGUAGGUCAGGAACCUGUCCUGUUCGGAACAACCAUAAAAGAAAACAUUUGCUUCGGUAGAGAUGGAGUAACUGAUACAGAGAUUGAGCAAGCAGCCAGAGAAGCCAAUGCCUACGACUUCAUAUCUAGACUCCCAGAUAAAUUCAACACAAUGGUAGGUGAGAGAGGGGCCCAGCUGAGCGGAGGUCAGAAACAGAGAAUAGCAAUAGCACGAGUUCUUGUACGAGACCCAAAAAUAUUGCUCCUAGAUGAGGCCACAUCAGCACUGGAUGGACAGAGUGAAGCUAUACUGCAAGCUGCCCUGGAUAAGGCGAGAGCUGGUCGGACCACCAUUGUAAUAGCACAACGAUUGUCUACUAUCAGGACAGCUGAUACCAUUGCUGUUUUCCACGGUGGGGUUGUGGUAGAACAAGGAACACACAGUGAGCUAAUGAAAAAGGAGGGAGUCUACCAUUCCCUUGUCAAGCUUCAGAACCAAGGCAAAGACAGAGAUGCAGAAAAUCAAUCUACAGACAAAUCACUUGAAAAUAAAAAUUCUGGAUUGUGCGACAUGGGUGAAAAAAAAUAUAUAGAAGACACGUGGCCAACUUUGCAAGAUGUUGAGAACAUGCUGGCACCCAUUAAAAAAAAGAUAUUUCAAAAUGUUUCUGUUAGAAGAAAAAGUGAAGAGGAGCUUUCAGAAAUAAAAAGUUGUAAGAAAAAUACUGGAAUUACAGAUGAGGAGUGUGAAAGGGUUUCUGUUGCACCUCUUAUAAGAAUUCUAAGAAUAAACAAAUCUCAAUGGAUAUACAUUUUGAUUGGAAUGAUUGCUGCUGUAGCUAACGGGGGCAUGCAUGCUGCAUAUGCAACUACUAUUCCAAGACUUAUUCAUACAUUUAAUGAACAAGACCCAAUCAAAAGGACUCUGGAAGCUAAAUGGGUAAUACAAUUAUUUAUGAUCCAGGGAUUGAUCAUUUUUACAGGACAUGUCAUCAUGGGCGUGAUGUUUGGAAAGUCUGGGGAAAAUCUGAUAAUGAGACUCAAAUCUUUGUCAUUUAAAGCAUUGCUCCGACAGGAAAUGGCCUAUUUUGAUAACCAUGAAAAUGCUGUGGGUGCCCUUCUCACAAGACAUUCAAUGGAUACUUCUGAGAUUAAAGAAAUUACUGGAAGUCAACUGGGAUUACUAACAAUGAGUCUGGCAACUUUGCUUGCUACAGUCAUAAUUUGUUUUGUAUUUGGCUGGCAACUGAUGCUUCUUAUCUUGGCAUUUAGUCCUUUGCUCGCUGGAAUAAUGAUAAUUGAACAGAGGUCUAUAGCAAGUCAUGCAUCCAAAACACACAAGGCCCUGAAGGAAGCUGGAAGGAUAUCGACAGAAGUUGUUGAAAAUAUCAGAACAGUAGUGUCAUUGACCAGAGAGGAUGUCUUUUAUCAAAAAUAUAAUGCCAUCUUAUCAGAACCACACAGGAAUGCAUUAUGGAAAGCACCUAUUCAUGGAUUGGGAUAUGGAAUUGAUGAAGUUUUUCUUUUCUUUCUAUCUGCAGCGUUGUUUAGCUUUGGGGCAUGGCUCAUUUCACUUUGCUAUAUACAGACUCAAAAUGUUUAUAGGUAAUUAUUU